AUGGCCAAUUCUAGCUCCACGCGAGCCCUCCGGCCCGGAGUCUAUGCGCCACUACCCACGUUUUUCGAUGAUAAGCAGGAGAUUGACUAUGAGAGUUACAAAAAACAUCUUCUCAAUCUGGCCACUAAGGGCAUGGUCCCAGUAUGUGCCGGAUCUUUGGGAGAAGCUGUUCAUUUGAGUUUCGAUGAGCGAACGGCUCUUAUCCGCUUCAUCCGAAACACUUUAGAUGAAGCUGGCCUGCAGUCGACGCCGAUCGUUGCUGGAGUUGGAGGCUCGAGUACGAGGGAGACCAUUCAAUUGUCUCAUGCAGCGGCAAAGGCAGGAGCAGACGCUGGAAUGGUAAUUCUGCCUGCCUAUUAUGCUGUAAGUCUCAAUGCCGACCAGGAGCAAGUAAUGCAGUAUUACAUUGAUAUUUGUGAAGAAUCGCCAAUUCCCUUGCUACUCUACAACUUCCCUGUCAAUGCAGGCGGUCAAGAUAUUUCGUCAGAAGUCAUCAGCACAAUUAUAAGACAGGCACCCAAUUUGUGUGGUGUGAAAUUAACAUGCGGUGGUAGCAUCGGGAAACUGCUUCGUCUAAAUGCCGCAAUCUCCGAGGAUCCUACCAUAUCUUCCAAUCGGAAAUUCCCCUUUCUCCUUUUGGAUGGUUUGAUUGCGGAUCUUACUCCGUGGAUGCAAUGUGGAGGUCAUGGAACCGUCAGCGGUAUACCGAAUUUUGCGCCGGUAGCCUCCAUGAGACUUUGGGCUCUGCUCAAUAUUCCCUCUCCGACCGAACGAGAACUACAGGAAGCCAAGGAAAUACAGGCCCUUCUGUCCAGGGCGGAUGUAGCUGCAGUUCCAGGUGGAAUUCGGGCGAUGAAAUACGCGUUGAACAAAAUACAUGGAUAUGGAGCUGCACCGCGAAAGCCGCUCUUGCCACUCGGACAGUCAGAAGGAGAAAAUUUCUUGGAAGUUAUAGAAGAAAUGCUUCGACUUGAAAGGAAGCUGAUGGAAAAGUAG